GCAUCAUCCAUCCGGUCCGUUGACCUCCUAGUAACGCGAGUUACGUAUUUCCGGGGACCGUUAUACUUCCUUUCAGAGCAUCGGCGUACGGGAGCAAGGAAGAGACAGUAGAAUGCUGGCCUCCAGAGCCCUCCGCCUUGUUGGCAAACGUGCCAUUUCCACAUCUGUGUGUCUUCGUGGGGGACAUGGUGUUGCUAAGGUAGAGGACUACACUCUCCCUGCCUACUUUGACAGGCGGGAGAAUCCCCUCCCAGACAUCCGCUAUGUGCAAAACCUGAGUCCAGUCCAGGCAUCCCUGAAGGAGAAAGAGAAGGGUGCCUGGGCUGCUCUCUCUGCUGAUGAGAAGAUUGCAUUGUACCGCAUCAGCUUCCACCAGAGCUUUGCUGAGAUGAACCAGGAAUCGGCAGAGUGGAAAAGUGUGGUCGCAGGGAUAUUUUUCCUAAUGGGCCUCACUGGCCUGCUUGUGCUAUGGCAGAGAAAGUACGUGUAUGGACCCGUGCCACACACACUUGAUCCAGAGUACAAACAGAAGGAGCUGCAAAGGAUGUUGGACAUGAGAAUGAAUCCAGUUGAGGGCUUCUCAGCCAACUGGGACUACGAAAACAAGCAAUGGAAAAAGUAAAGGACGCUGAGGACCAGGACACACUUGGCGAUAAAGGCAGACCAAUUCAAAGAUACAAGAAUACCAAUAGUUCUGUAUUUCUCAAUUGUCCACAUUACCCAAGUCUGUGCAUUUUGGAAGGCCCCUUCCUCUUACGGUCGUUGUGUAUGAUAAAAAUACAAAUAAAAAUGGUUAAGCUGAAUUAA